AUGGAUAACAGACCUGCUUCGGAGUACGCGCAGUCAGACCAGGCUUCGGCUGCUGCAGCCCCUGCUCCCUACACCCCUCAAGCGGAGGUUCGCCCGGCUCCUCAGUAUACACCCCAGCCCGACGUCCGUCCCACCGGGACAACCGCCAACAUUUCGUCUUCCAACACCCCUCAGUCAGACUACGGUCUGAACCAGCCUCCUGCAGCCGCCGCCGCGCGCUCCCCCGCCUAUGAUUACAUGCCUCGACCUCAAUACCAUCACGCGCCCAGCACUCAGGCCGGCGGCGCGGCAGGUAUGGCUCAAGCAACAAAUCCCUCCAUCGCAGCCUCCAGUCCCACCUAUCCGCCUCCCUACUCGCCCUACCAGCCCCAGGGCCAUGACAUGACUCAGUAUCAAGGUCAUCCUCCGCCUCCGCCGCCACAAAUGUAUGCGCGCCCCGAAUGGCCGCACGGUUACGCUCAACACGGACAUCACAUGCCUCCGUAUACUGCCCCUGCUACUACGGUCUACUCGUUCGUCCCCAUUCCCGGUGCCCAGCAACAUAAGCGUCCCCGCCGUCGUUACGAGGAAAUUGAACGGAUGUACAAAUGUGGAUGGAAUGGCUGCGAAAAGGCUUAUGGCACAUUGAACCACUUGAACGCACAUGUCACAAUGCAGUCGCAUGGUGCCAAGCGGACUCCUGAAGAAUUCAAGGAGAUCCGAAAGGAGUGGAAGGCCCGCAAGAAGGAGGAAGAGGCUCAGCGCAAGGCUGCCGAGGAACGUGAACGUGCUGCUGCUCAGGCCGCUCAAGCCAACCAUGUCGAAGCCCCUGGAGCGCCAGACCCGACGCAAACUGCGGCCACUCAACCUCCGGCCUACCCUGGCGGUGUCCGUCCUCAACUACCUCCGAUCGGGUACCAACCCGCUGACGGCCAGGUGCACGGCGGUUACGGUGCCACCGGUGGUAUGGUCUACCAGAACGGCCAGAUGGCGUACCCUCCCAACUACCCUCACUCUCCUUAUACACAGGGUGGUCAAAUGUAUCAACCACAAAACCAACCAGGCAGCUACCCACAAUAA